GCAAUACAUGCCCACACAUUCGUGGGUCCACGCUAAUCACAGGGCCCCGUGUGUCUGCAGCUGACGUGUGCGUGCUUGGCUGCAGAGCGGCAGUGACGGUCUGUAGUAUCGCAGCAGCUCAUUCUGCCGCAUGCCGGUUACCGCCACCGUUACGCAGAGGAAUUCCCUGCCGUCUAUUCUUUUCCUGCUGAGAGAGUGCGGAUCAGAAAGAGGAGAGGAGUCAUGCAGCAAAGCAGCACUGACAGAUAGAGGACAGAGCUGGAACGUACAUUGGAUUUUAUGUGAAGAUGAUGUGCAGUAUUUAUCUUCAAGAAGGCUUCUGUGUUUUUGGGAUUUAUUGACCUUUAUUCUUCAGAAUGGUCCAUAUGUAAGAGGGAACAGUAUGUACUGUGUGUGUGUGAGUGAGGGAGAGAGUGUGUAUGAAUGAUUAUUUGUUCCUGAUGCGGUCAGAGCGAGCUAGUCGUGUGUGUAUUGUGGUGCUGGAGGAGGUGGAGGAGGACGAGCCCUCAUCUUCAUCUCCGCCUCCUCGCCCCAAAUCAUCCCCUGAUUGCAAAUCCCAUCAUGCCUCAAGAAGGGCUGCUGUUCAGGAGGACAAGCCAUCUCUGUUAAGAGCAAUCUUUAAUGUGGAUCCUGAUGAGGUUCGCUCCCUUAUAUUCAAGAAAGAAGAUGUCAACAUUCAGGACAAUGAAAAGCGAACUCCUCUGCAUGCUGCAGCCUACCUUGGGGACGCUGAGAUCAUUGAGCUGCUUAUUCUGUCAGGAGCCAGGGUUAAUGCCAAAGACAGCAAGUGGUUGACUCCUCUUCACAGAGCUGUUGCUUCUUGCAGUGAGGAUGCAGUGACAGUGUUACUGAAGCACAGUGCAGACGUUAACGCCCGGGAUAAGAACUGGCAGACGCCGCUCCAUGUAGCAGCAAGCAACAAGGCCGUACGCUGUGCUGAGGCCUUGGUCCCAUUGCUUAGCAAUGUCAACGUGUUGGACCGCGCAGGGCGUACUGCCCUACACCACGCUGCCUUCAGUGGACAUGUAGAAAUGCUGAAGUUGCUGCUGUCCAGAGGAGCCAACAUUAAUGCAUUUGACAAGAAGGACAGGAGAGCCAUCCACUGGGCGGCCUACAUGGGUCACCUGGAGGUGGUGAAGUUGUUGGUAGCCAGUGGAGCUGAGGUCGACUGCAAGGACAAGAAGGGUUAUACCCCACUCCAUGCUGCUGCCUCUAGUGGCAUGAGCAGCACGGUGCACUACCUGCUGGGCCUCGGUGUCCAUAUCAAUGAGGUGAAUGCAUAUGGCAACACCUCUCUCCAUUUGGCCUGUUACAAUGGACAGGAUGUAGUUGUCAGUGAACUCAUCAAGGCUGGAGCCAAAGUCAGCCAGGUGAACGAGAUGGGUUAUUCUGCACUCCACUUUGCUUCUUCCUCCCGCCAGGGGGCGCUGUGUCAAGAGCUACUGUUAGCUCACGGAGCUCACAUCAACAUGAAGAGUAAAGAUGGUAGGACUCCCCUCCACAUGGCAGCUACUCACGGCAGGUUCUCCUGCUCUCAGGCACUCAUUCAAAAUGGCGCAGGGAUUGAUUGUGAAGAUAAGAGUGGAAACACUGCUCUUCAUAUAGCUGCCCGCUAUGGCCGUGAACUCAUCAUCACAGCACUCAUCAAACAUGGAGCCAACACUACUCAGAGAGGCGUUCAUGGGAUGUUCCCGCUCCACCUGGCAGCUCUUAGUGGCUUCUCAGAUUGCUGCAGGAAGCUGCUGUCCUCAGGAUUUGAUAUAAACACCCCUGAUGAUUUUGGAAGGACGUUUUUUCAUGCUGCUGCAGCAGGAGGGAACCUGGAGUGUCUAAACCUGCUGUUGAACAUUGGGGCAGAUUUUAACAGAAAAGACAACUUUGGAAGGGCUCCAUUACACUAUGCAUCAGCCAACUGUAACUACCACUGUGUGUUUGCCUUGGUGGGAUCUGGAGCCAUUGUCAAUGAGGUGGACCACAGAGGCUGCAGCCCCUUGCACUAUGCAGCUGCUGCCGACACUGAUGGAAAGUGUGUAGAGUACCUGCUAAGGAAUGAUGCUGAUCCAGGAGUACGAGAUAAACAGGGUUACAGUGCAGUGCACUACGCCUCAGCCUAUGGGCGCACUCUCUGCCUGGAGUUGAUGGCAAGUGAGACACCUCUUGAUGUGUUACUGGAUACAUCAGGAGCUGACAUCCCAGGUGCCUCAGAGAGCCAGGCCCCAGUUAGUCCACUCCACUUAGCUGCUUAUCAUGGACACUGUGGGACAUUAGAGGUCCUUUUGUCCUCCCUGUUGGAUGUGGAAGUUUGCAGCCCUGACGGCCGGACCCCACUCAUCUUGGCUUGCACACGAGGUCAUCAGGAGUGUGUGUCCCUGCUGCUUCACCAUGGCGCCUCACCCAUGACAUGUGACUACACUCACAAAAAGACUGCACUUCAUGCUGCAGCUAGUAAUGGCCACCCAGAGUGCCUGCGCCUGCUCACGAGCAUCAACGAUCAACACAUUAAUGUGGACGUACAAGACGCCAACGGACAGACCCCUCUGAUGCUGUCAGUGCUGAACGGACACACUGAGUGUGUGUACUCACUGCUCAGUCAUGGAGCGAGUGUAAACGUUCAGGACCGCUGGGGAAGAACGGCGCUACACCGAGGGGCAGUAACUGGCCAGGAGGAGAGUGUGGAGGCCCUCCUUCAGCGAGGGGCCACUGUAAGCGUGAGGGACCUUCGUGGACGCUCUCCCCUCCACCUGUCCUCUGCUUGUGGCCGUGCGGGUGUCCUAAGCGCCCUGCUGCAGGCCAGCAGUGUGUCUGACACUCAUCUGACUGACAGCCAGGGCUACACGCCGCUACACUGGGCCUGCUACAACGGAUACGAUGCAUGUGUGGAGGUGUUGUUGGAGCAGGAGGUGUUCAGGCAGACAAAGGGGAACUCGUUCAGCCCUCUGCACUGCGCUGUUAUGAGCGAUAACGAGGGAGUGGCUGAGAUGUUAAUUGACUCUCUUGGUGCUGCAGUUGUCAACACCACUGACUCCAAGGGCAGGACCCCCCUUCAUGCUGCAGCAUUUUCUGACCAUUUGGAGUGUCUCUCUCUGCUGCUGGGCCACGGCGCUCAGGCGAACGUAAUCGACACGCGCACACAUAGGACCCCUCUGAUGAUGGCUGCUCUCAAUGGACAGACCAACGCUGUGGAGGUGUUGGUGAGCAGCGCCAAAGCAGACUUAGCCCUACAGGAUAUUGACAGGAACACGGCCUUACAUUUGGCUUGCAGCAAGGGUCAUGAGACUAGUGCCUUGUUGAUUCUGGAGAAGAUCAGCGACAAGAACGUCAUCAACUGCACAAAUGCUGCGCUGCAGACGCCGCUGCACGUAGCAGCCAGGAAUGGUCUGACUGUUGUUGUACAGGAGCUUCUGGGAAAAGGAGCCAGCGUGUUGGCUGUGGAUGAGAACGGCCACACCCCCGCUCUGGCCUGUGCACCAAACCGCGAUGUGGCCGACUGCUUGGCGCUCAUCCUCAACUCCAUGAUGCCCACGUCUCCCAUUGUCACCAUAGCAACUUUGCCGGUGCUCUCGCUUUCACAAACAGUCAUCAACCAUCACCCGUCUACCAAACACAUCUCCAAAGGCUUGGCCUUUGACACCCCGCCCCCUCUGAGACCUGGCCACGCCUCCUACUGCAGACCGGCGCGCCCGCUCUCCUCCAUCUCUGCAGACGAUGAACUGAAUGAUUCAGACUCAGAGACGUACUGA